AUGGUGCCAUAUAAUGGAACUAGAAGAAAAGGAACGAAAAAGGGAGUAAAAUACCGUAUUGGGGUCGAAUAUUCACAAUUAUUUCAUGCUGACGUUGAGAUUGUCGAAACAAUAUACUAACAUAGAUUUUAGAGUGACUCCGUUACUAUUAGAACUCGUAAGGUUAUUUCCAACCCAUUAUUAGCCAGAAGACAAUUCGUCAUUGAUGUCUUACACCCAAACAGACCAAACGUUUCUAAGGAUGAAUUACGUGAAAAAUUAUCUGAAAUUUACAAGACUGAAAAGGACGCUGUCUCAGUUUUUGGUUUCAGAACCCAAUUCGGUGGUGGUAAGUCUACUGGUUUCGGUUUAAUCUACCAAUCUGUUGCUGACGCCAAGAAGUUCGAACCAUCUUACAGAUUAGUUAGAUACGGUUUAGCUGAAAAGGUUGACAAGGCUUCCAGACAACAAAGAAAGCAAAAGAAGAACAGAGAAAAGAAGAUCUUCGGUACUCAACGUCGUGCUGCUAAGAGAGCUGCCAGAAGAAACGCUGAUUAGAUUAAAUGUUAUAUUAUUAAUUUUAUUGAAGAGUUUUUCAGAAAAAUUUUGUUAAAUAGAAUAGUAUAA